AUAUUUUAAAAAAUCUUAAAACUGAAAGUCCAAAUCAAGAAGAAAAUUUAUCAAAACAAGAUAAUAAUAUUGAUUCAAUGACUGCAAUUAAAAAGCUUCAAAAAAUUAUUUUAUUUGCUCAUUUAACACCUCAAAGAAAAGAAAAAUUUAUGAAAUAUAAUCCAAAUAAAGUUGAAUUAAUUAUGGAU